AUGAACAGUUCCAUUCUUUUUUCUCAUUUGAAAGAAUUCACAAUAAGAAAUAAAAAAUAUUUUUUGUAUGAAGAAUCACAAAAGAAUUAUAAAAGUUGUAUUGUAUGGUAUAUGAACCAUUAUCAACGUUUAAGUGGAUCAAUAAGAAGAUAUUCAAAUGUGUUGGGUCAAUUAGUUGACCGGAAAAAAAAAAACUUGGUAAAUAUAGAAAAGGGUAAUGAAAUUUUAAAAAGUUAUAAAAGAGUAAACUUAAAGAAGAUAUUGAAGGAUGGUGAUAAAAAGAAGGAGAGUUAUGAAAAUGAAAAUAUUAUAAAUGAAAAUAUUAUAAAUGAAAAUAUUGUAAGUGAAAAUAUUAUAAGUGAAAAUAUUAUAAGUGAAAAUAUUAUAAAUGAAAAUAUUAUAAGUGAAAAUAUUAUAAGUGAUAAUAUUGUUAAUAAAGCGAUUAAGUAUGAUGAAGGCGAAAAGCGGAUUAAUAAAAAUAAUAUGAAUAUGAAAAAUAAAAACAUUUAUGAUAUAAAUACCAAUAGUAGUACAUUUUAUACACAUAAUCAUAUAAAUGAUGAAAAUGUAAAGAAUUCUGUAGAUGAAUUAUUUUGCACAAAAGAAAAGAAAAAACAACUAAUGAAAAGAAUUAUAUUUCAGAAUAAUCAUGAUUAUAUGCAUUUAAUUGAAAGAUAUGAAGAAUAUAAAGCAAAACAAGAAGAUGAAUUUUAUAAUUCCAGUUAUGAAAAAAAUGAAGAAUGUUCAUCUUACCCAUCCUUUAUUAAAAAAAAAGAGGAAAAUAAAUGUAAUGAUGAUAACAACAAUAAUAAUGUAAAUGAAAAAAUGUAUGAGGAAGAAAAUAAUAAAUGUAAACAAAAUAAUAAUAAUAAUAAUAAUAAUAAUAGUAAUAGUAAUAAUAAUGAUGUGCAUUAUUAUUUAUAUGAAGUAGAUAAAGAUAAUGAAGAAUCUAAUGUAAAUAUGCACUUUAAUUUUUUAAAAAAAAAUUUAAACAUUUCUAUAUUUCCUGAGAUAGGAAAGAAAGAUAUAUUAGAAAGUUGUAAACGUAAGAAGAAUAUGCAAAAUGAAAUAAAUAAAAAUAGUGAUAUAAAAAAUAUUUUUAACAAUGAUAUUUAUUUUUGGAAAAAAAGGAAAGUUCAUCGAGCUAUUGGUUGGGAUUUAAUCCCAGCUAAUUUGAAAAAGAAGGAUGAUAUCAUAGAUGUGUCAGAAUUGACAUAUGGUCAUUUACAAAAUUGUAAAUCUGAAGAGCUAAAGGAAGAUAAUAAUAGAGAGGUGGUAUAUAAAGAUGAUGAUAAUAGUAAUAAUAAUAAGAUUACUAAAUUAUUGAAGAAGCAACAUAUUAAUGAGGACAUAGAGAAAAAAAUAGGAAAAGAAAAUAUUUCUAAUAUAAAAGGUAUCUCCGUUGAAGAAAAUAUUUCUAUGGAAGAAAAGAAAAGUGAUAUGAAUACACAACUUAAUGAUAUAAAUUUAAAUAAAGAAGAAUGUGAAAAAAAAAAAAAAAGUUACAUACAAAGAAGGGUGGCACCUUGCAAUUUUUUAAAAAAAUUAAAUAUAUAUAAAAGUGAUGUAACCCUUUUAAAUGAUGAUACUUUUACUAUUCAAAUGAAAAAAAAUGUAGAUAUGAUGUGGAAGGAAGAUAACACAGAAAUUAAGAAAGAAAAAGAAAAAGAAGAAGAAAAAAAAGAAGAAGAAAAAAAAGAAGAAAAAAAAACAAAUAAAAAAACACAUAAAAUAACAAAUAAAUCAAUGCAAGAACAAAAACUAAUUGAUAUCCUUUUAAAUAAUGAUAGCAAUUUGAGUAAUGUAGAAAAGAUGGAAUAUAAUAAGGGUGAGGUAAAUAAAGAAGAGCAGGAAUUGAACAAGGUAGAUAUAAAAAAAGAGGAUGAUGAAUAUGACGAAAUUGUAGAGAUUGAUAGUUGUAAGAAUGAUAAUAUGAAAAAUAAUGAAAAGAAUAUGAAAUAUAUUAAUGAUAGUUUUAAUAAUAUGAAUGGAGAGUAUGACAGUUACGAAUAUCAUGAUAAGACAUAUGAAGGCAUUGUUGAUAAUAGCAAGAAUGUAUUUAAAAAGAUGAAGGAGAAUUAUGAUAUGUUCAAGAAGAAUAAUAUGUCACCAUAUAUAUUAGAAGAUUGUGAAAAAUAUAUAAAUUAUUAUUAUGGUAUAGAAAAAGAGGAAAAGAUUAAAGAGCUUAGAAAAUACGCUGAUAUGGAUUUUUACGAAAUAAUGGGGAAUGGUAAUUUUAGUAUAGAAGAUUAUAAUAUGUUGAUUAAGAGUAAGAUAUUAUUUAAUAAAGAAGAGGAAGGUUUUCAUUAUUUUAAUUUAUUAAAAAAAUAUGAUAUAAGAAUAAAUAUAGAAACAUAUAACAGUUUAAUGUAUACAUGCAUAGUACAAAAAAAUGCAAAAUUAAGUAGGUUAAUAUAUUUACAGAUAAUAAAAGAUUUGUUUAUACCUAAUAAAAAUACGUUUUGUAUAUUAAUAAAAGCUCACAUAUUAGAUAAGGAUAUAAAGAGUGCAUUUCAUUUAUAUAGGAAGAUGAUAAAAGAGAAUAUUGAGGUAGAUAUAGUUAUUUAUUCAACCUUAAUAGAUGGCUUAAUAAAAAAUAAAUUAUAUAAACGAGCAGAACAGUUUUUUAAUUAUAUAGUAAAUUAUAAGAAUGUAGUACCAGAUGAGAUAUUAUAUACAAUAAUGAUAAAAAAUUGUGCAUAUAAUAGAGAAGCCGAAAAAUGUUUAAACUAUUAUGAGAUUAUGUUAUCUGAGAAUUUAAGAAUAACCGAUAUAACUUUAAUAGAGAUAAUAAAUUGUUUAUCAAGGAGGGAAGAUUAUUUUUAUAAAGUGUUUUAUUUUUAUAAUAUAUAUGUAUCUAAUGAAAUGAAAAUAAAUCACCGUCUAAUGUUAUAUAUGAUUAUAGCAUGUUCAAAUAAAGGAAAUAUAAAAAGAUUAAAGGAGAUAUUAAAGACUAUGAAUAAAAAUAAAAUAAAAAUAAGUGAUGAAAUGUAUUGUUAUAUUGUUAGAACCUUUGCUAAUAAUUGUAAAGACAAACGUGUUAGUUUAAGUGAGCGUCAUAAUAAUAUAAAAUACGCAUGGAGGAUUAUAUAUGACUUACUGAAGGGUUCUUCUAUUGGUAUUAAAUAUAUAGAUAAGAAAAAAUAUGUGGGUGAUAUAGACCAAAUUAUAUGUGAAAAGGAAAAUAUAACAAAUAACCCUACUGAUGAUAAUAAAAUUCUUCAGACUUAUAAUAAAAAAAAAAAUGACUGUGUUUCUGUUGAUAGUGUUAAUGAUGUAUAUGAAAGGACCGAAGUCGAUUCUUUUAGAUCACAUGAGAGUAUAAACACUAAACUAUUAAAUAGUCUUAUAUUAUUAUAUAUAAAUUGUGAAUAUUAUGAAUAUGCAGUAAAUAUGUUGAAAUAUUUUUCUUAUUUUGAAUGUGUUCCAGAUUAUUAUACUUUCCAUAUGUUAUUUAAUAUGUUAUAUUACAAACUGAAGGAUUAUAGUAAGGUUCUAUGUUUAUAUGAUUAUAUGAUAAAUAACACAGAAAACAAGCCAAAUGAGAAAAUAUUGAACUUGAUAUUAAAUUGUGCUAUACAAACAAAAUCAUCUAAAAAUACUUUGUUUAUAUUACGUCAGAUGUUUACAUAUAAAAUAUAUCCAUCUCCUCAAAUGGUAAAAAAAUUAUAUCAUGUAGGAAGAUAUAUAACAGAGAUACAAAUACUGAUUAACAGUAUGAUAUCUCAACAGAAGAAAGAUGUAUAUGAAGUAAAUUUAAAAGAUAACCAGUUAAUACAAUUAAAUAUAGAUGAGUAUGAAUUAAAUUUAUUUAAAGAAGGAAAAACAUUCAAAACUAAAACUCCUUUAGAUCAAGUUCGAGAACAGUUCUUUAAACGAAAGCAAAGAAUAGAAAAGGAAAAAAGAAUGUCUAAGAAUAAAAAAUCUUCAGAUUGGUUGCCAUAUGGUCAAUAUCUUCAAAGUAAAAAGAAGGGUGGCGAGAUGUAUGCAAGGAGGGUAGAUAGGCCUCGACCAUCAGCACUUGACGAAUAA